GUGCAACCCACCCCAGAGACGAGGACAGCAGCCAGCCUUCUCCUGUGUGACCUUCCCCUGUCGCGCACGACCACGGGCCCUUUACCGCGAUGACCGCACACGCACAGAGCUCCAGCUGGCCGGAGUACCCCGAGGAUUUCAGCCUGGCCCACAUCAACUCCAAAAGUUGGAUGGCUUCAAGCGCAGUCCGCGCGUACUCGCGGAGGGACGCGCACGGCGCCACAGACGCAGGUAUCUCACUGGAGAGAUUCGGGCCAAUGUCGAGUGAGGACCCCGAGUGCGUGUCGUCCGCAGAGACGGACUGCGAGAGGGAGGCGGAGGGAGGCCAGCGGAACCACUGCGGCCCCGUGAAGCACCGGCGCGUCGCAGCCAACGCCAGGGAGAGGAGGAGGAUGCACGGCCUGAACAAAGCGUUCGAUGAGCUGAGGAGCGUCAUCCCGUCGGUGGAGAACGAGAGGAAGCUGUCCAAGUACGACACCCUGCAAAUGGCGCAGAUCUACAUCACGGAGCUGUCGGACCUCCUGGUCGGCGUGGUCCAGACGGAGUGCAUGAGUCCGUGUCAAGGCUCGGCGGACAAGGCCUCCAUGAGGGGUCACACCGCCUCUCUGGGUCACCUCAUCAUACUGGGAGCGCCAUCCGAGCGGGGGUCAAACCAAUCCACAACCUCUUUCAGUGAUGGGGAGUCCUCACACCUCAGUGACAUGGAGGAAAGUCAGAGUGGGAGACAGUGACAGACAUUCACCACCGACCGCUUACACUCAGUGUCUGUUUGGGAACCAAAUAUCACAGCUUGUAGAAAUGUUGAUCAUAUGAUUGAACUAUGUUCUCCUGUCAUGAUUUUUUUAGCUUAGAUGUUGCACAGCCAAAUGAAAGAAAAGUUCUGGUAACAGUCAAAAACAUUUUCUAAGAUCUUUAAUUUUUUACUUCCUUAGGCCAUCAUGAACUUCCAAGGCCUUUUAAUGCACUUUAUAUGCUCUGAACAUCACUGGUGACAUUUCCUGUGUCAUUGGUGACAUUUGUAUAAAUUAAAAACAAUUAUUUUGAUAUUUAUGUUUAGCUAUGGGGUAUUUUAUGAUAAGGAUUG